AAUUGGCGCCAUUUCUGGCUGAGGGAAGCUUUCUUUCGGCGCCUGUUUCAAAGCGGCUUCUCCCCCGGCCUCCGGGGGCAGCUCGAGGUGGGGAGGAAGCGGGAGUAACCUGGAGACGCCAACAGCCUUUCAAUAUGUCUUUCCCUUUCGCGUGUAGAGUGAUUCAUAAGGAGAAAAUGUGAGCUAUUGCCGUUAUGAGGCUUCCUAGUGGGAACUGACUGACAUGGUUGGGAUUAUUGCUAUGGCCAAGGUAGAGGAAUAUAAUCACCAGCCUUGCAAGAAACCGAGAAAAGAUGUGGAUGAUUCUUCCACCAACACAAUCACCAGCUACUUUUUACCAGUGUCUAAAUCAGUCGAUAAGGAUUUUCCAUCACCCAAAUCCAGCAACAUACUGGAUUACUUCAAAAAGACUCCAACCCAUGGACAACAGGUUACUUCUAGCCCACCCAGCCAAUGUGAGGCACCUGUUGUGACAUAUGUGGACUGUGGGAAAGAAUCCACCGUGACCUUGGAAGGGAAGUCCCAUCAAACGCCAAAACGAAAGCGACCCUAUAGAAGAGUUAAUUUAAGUAGAAGACUCAAUGAAUGCCAAGAGGUUGUUGAAAUCAGUGAAGACAACAGUGACUCAAAUAGUACAGAUGAGUGCAGGGUGAGGUCUGGUAUUGGGGUUCUGGGGAGCGACACCGCCGCGCUACUUGCUCAGCUCUGUGCAGAAAGCCCACAUUUGUUUCGAAAAAUUGAAGAGGUAGACUGUGAGGAUUUGAAUGACAAACAAAGAACAGAAGUGGGCUCUAGAAAGAAAAAUUGGAAGGAACCAGUAAACCGCUUGAAUAAAAGUGAAUCGAAGAAGUCCCAGAAAAGGAAGCUAGUUAGAGAUAAGGACAAGGACUCACUAAGACAAUUGGAUGUGCAGCCCGUGCCAAAAAAUGACUGUUGCAGCAGAGAGGCUGAAGAGGUGGAAGCUAAAGAAGCAAAUGAUCUUGUUAUUGAAAGUGAAGAAAAGCAUCCGGUUGAGACUGGGGAAGAGGCGUCUCCACUGAAUGACAGCACUGUUACAGUGGCCUUCGAAGACUUCAUUAAAAUCCAGGGUACCGAAGAGGCUUUGACAGCUGAAGGAAGAGAAUGGGAGAAUCCUGUUAACAUGAUUCAGGGUAAUAAUGAAGAGGCACCCACACUAAUGGAAGGUGAGAGCUUAGCUAUCACACAGCCAAUAUCCCCUAAAACUAUGACAGUACGCGUUCAGAUUCAUUCAAACCCAGUAUCUACCUCGCCUCUGAUUUCAGGGAAGAAAUCCAAGAAAAUAGCUUCAAUUUUUUUAAAAAAGAAACCGGAUUUUGAUACCAAUGAUGUUGAAGCCAUACCAUUGAGCCCAAAUCCCACCGACCCAGUUCCUGCCAGGAGAUCCAACGUGGUUAUCUCAGAGGAGGAGCUGGAGCUAUCGGUGUUGGAUGUCACAGAGCAGAGUCCCAUUAAGGCCAAAUGUAGUCGAGUUGAGAAAGAGCAGUUUAUGAAUGCCUUUCGGCAACCAUCUGCUGAGCUGGCCAAGAGUGGACUCAAGAAGGCAUUGGGAAAACCAAAGGUCCUGAAAGCAAGUCAGGAUGAAGGGGUUGAAGAAGUGGAUGCCUGUUCCAGCCAAGAGAAGGACGAAUUGGCCAGUGCUGAAAGUGCUCAUAUUUUAGCCCGAUGCAGUGAGGAAUCUGCAGUAGGCAAAAGAAACUCCAAGGGUCAGUCAGUUAAAAGGAGAAACAAGUUAAAAUGCAAAAGAAUUUCCCACAAAAUCGUAAAGGGAAACCUCAAAGUAGAUGGGUAUGAACUAAUAGAGAAUGGAAAUGAUGACUUAGAUGGAAACUCAAUAGAUUUGAAAGAACUAGGGACUAAGGAUCCAUCAACUACUCAGUCAAAUGACUCCCCCAAGAGGCUUACCCGGAGAAGCUUCAGACAACAAAGAAAUGCAGUGGAUUACUGCUCAACUCCAGCGAGGGACGCCAAAAUGAAUCGCACGAGCGCCCGUGCUCGUAUGUCAACUCCGAAAAUAACGAGCUGGUCUGAGGAAGAAAAUAGCAUUUACAAGGCUGAAAUGAUCCUCUCAAACUCUGAUACCGAAAGCCCUUUCAGAAUGAAGUUUACACGUCUCACACUAUCAGGUGCACCAGUAAAGCGGUCAGGAGUGGAUGAAAACAAGGCCUUUACUCCAAGGAGUAACAAGCGAGCGUCCAAAAAUGUGGCCAAAGCAAAGCAGCUGGUUCAAAAGGCUAAAGCUUUUGAGCAGAACAAGGGCAGGAGCCCCAUCAAGUCCCCGACACCUCUCAGACGCUCGACUCGGCAGCAGAUUCGCUGUGACAGCAAAGCACCUGGAACUGAGCUCUCUGCGGUUCUGUUGGCCACCACUCUAGGCUGUGAGCCAGUCGCCAAAUCUCAGCAAGACCAGAAGAAGGCAAAGAAACUGAGAAAUGUGAAGGAUGUGUUGGGAAAGAAUCCAGAUUCGACAAAGUCAGCCAAGAGCGAAGCAGGUGAUCUCAAGGUUGCAUCUAUAUUUAUUGGAAAAAAAGUUCCCAGAACUGUGACCUCUGGACCCAUUACCAUUCUUGAUGAGGAUAGUUGCAACUACUCAGAAAACUCUCAGGAUGGCGAGCGCUUCAGAGCCAAACGUGAGUUCCUAAUGAGCGGGUUACCGGUUACGCUGAAGAAACAUAUUGCAAAGACUACAGCGGCCAUGGAGGCGUACUCCAGCGCCUGUCUCUCCUUCCAGCCCGUCACCCACAUCCAUCAGCAAAGUCAAGUUUCUCCGCUGUGGAAUCUCCCUUGGCCCAACUGCAGUCUUCUAAAUCAUCUUAGGGAGGUCACGGCAGGCAUGGGAGGCCUUCGGAAACUCUCCCUCUCUCUCGGAGACUUUUCUGAAGUGAAAUGCAGACUACAGUUCCCUACAGAGUCCCGGCCUGUGCUGGUAUCCACGUGGAGGCGGGAAUUCUCUGAGGCCAUCAGGAAGCGAUUGCUGGAAGAGAUCAGAUCGUCCAACUCCGAGUUUCCCGUUCGUAGAGUAUUCAAGCCUUUACUUCAGAAGCGAAACGAGCACCUCGCACUAAUGGAAUCCACCAAACCCGCAGGAGGAGGGCCCUUUGCAGUCACUCCAUCUGAUAACUCUCAGCAGCCGUUGGGCAAAAGGAAGAGAAAGCGGGAAGACCAGGAGAUGAGAAAGAAAAGGAGGAAAGCAGCUGAUGAGUUGGAGGACUCCGUCAUCAUCAUCGAAAGCCAGGAUUACCUGGGAUUGUCGGGAGCACCGGCCCCAGGGCUGGGCACACGCUGGCAGGAUCAGCCUCCCGCUCACCCUCCCGGGAGAUUGAGUCGAUCUAGGAGGCGGCAAGAGGCCAUCGCUACAGAGACGCAGUCGGAGGUUCCCAGCACAACAACAAGGACAGAAGCUGCAGCCACUGAGGAUGCCGUGAAGGAAGAUCUCUUGUGGACGGAGAAAUACCAGCCACAACGUUCCAGUGAACUAGUGGGAAACCUGAAGGCUAUCAAGCAGUUGCACAGUUGGUUGAUGGAAUGGAAGAGGAGAGCCGAUCGAGAGGAAAGGAAAAAGCAGAAGGAGAAAACUAUUGAAAAGGAGAAGAGAUCAGAUGCCUGGGACAACAGUGACUUUGACUUGCAGAGCUCUGAAGAUGAGGAUUUCCUUUGUAACACAGUGCUGAUCACCGGUCCUCCCGGGGUGGGCAAAACUGCCGCUGUCUAUGCUUGUGCUCAGGAACUCGGCUUUAAGGUGUUUGAGGUGAAUGCCUCUUCACAGCGGAGCGGCAGACAAAUUCUCUCUCAGCUGAAGGAAGCCACGCAGUCCCACCAGGUGGAUAAACAGGGAGCGACUGUAUUCAAGCCGGCCUUCUUCAGCAACUACAGCACCAUCGGCAAACCUUUACAGUCAGCCAAAUCCCAGAGGAAAAUUAACUCGCCCAAAAAAGUGAUCUCAUCACCUCGGAAAUCACCCAAGUCUCCCCGGGGCAGGAGCACAAAGAAGAGUCUGGCUCCCAUGUCUUUAGCCACUUUCUUCAAAGCUGCUUCAAAACCAAACAAAACUGAAGCAACGGAGAAGAUUGAAGAGGAGGCAGAUGGUAAAACCCCAAAGGACGGCAAGUGCCAGAGAAGCAGUCCCCAAGUAGCUGAGGCCUCCUCCGUAACCCAGACCAAGGACACAGCGUGUGAAGAACCCAACCGAAAGAGCGCCACGUCCCUCAUCCUGUUCGAGGAGGUGGAUGUGAUACUUGACGAUGACUAUGGAUUUCUGAACGGGAUUAAGACUUUCAUGGCAACAGCCAAGAGGCCAGUUAUCCUCACCACCAGUGAUUCCAACUUCAGUUUAAUGUUUGACGGCUGCCUCGAUGAAAUUCACUUCAAAAUCCCGCCCUCAGUCAGUGUUGCCAGUUACCUCCAACUGCUGUGUUUAGCCGAAAACAUGCGGACGGAUGCGAAGGACCUGUCUGCACUCCUCGCCCUUAACAAGAGUGACAUCCGCCGCAGCAUGCUGCACCUGCAGUACUGGGUGCGAAGUGGGGGCGCUCGACUCCCCACUGCUGACAGUCAGGACAACUCUGACCUGAGAGAUGAGGAUGUUCCCCUGUGUGACACUGGAUGUGCAGAGCAACUACUUGGCUUGAAGACGAGCAGUGGACCUCACCAGGAUGUCUUUUCAGUGUUCAAGCAGGCGGGCCCCACGGUGGAGGAGCAGAGAAAGCAAGUGCAGCUGCUUCUUGAGUUCCAGAGGAGGCGGCUGGACUUCAUGUCCUGUAACCUGGAACGGUUGCUGCCUUUGCCAAAGCAGAUCAUCGCUGAGCCACGGGAGCCGGCAGAUAAUGCUGAUCUUACAGAGCCUGUCCUCCGUGGCUCUGGCCUGAUGGAAAAGUCACAGCCCCAGCAGCACGAUAGACCUGCAGACUCCAGACCCCCGAAGGCCGUGACUAAGACAUACCAGCGCAGGAAAGUUGAGUUGUUCGAUAGUGACUUGUUUGACUCUGAGUUAAACCUAAGCAAUUCCUUCCUGACUUUACCAAGCGAGAUUCCUGCUACGGGCAGUGACCUGGACAGCGCAGAUAGCAACUGCCUUGAUUCAUUGUCGUCCGGUUCCUCGAAGAAUCGGCUGAACUGUUCCCAUGACGGUGCAAAUAAACCCAGGACGUUAGCAGAACAGAAAUGCUGUGAGUUGGUGUCUGUGUGCCUGGGGUCCCUGGUGGAGUUUAUGGACAGCGCCUCGUUCCUGGACUCCUGUCUCCGUAGCCACUCGGUGGAGACGGAGGGGUGGUGUGGGCGAGACCGUUAUCACUGGAGCGCUGCGGAGGUUAAGAGUGGGAUGUUGGAUGAGAGGAGGCUGGAGCAAGGAGACUGGUGGGUCCCCCAUCACUUUGGGGAGGUGAGAGCCACUGUGGAGGCCAUGAGCUGGAAGAAAUGUCAGAGCAGGAUGGCACAGGCUAUAGAAACGUCUGUCCCUGAGUGCAGGGAGCUUGGAGUAGAUCCCACAGGAGAGCUGACUCUGAGCAUCUCACAGGCUGCCAGCCACAAGGACGUGAUGUACAGCCAACAUUCACACUAUCACACAAGCACUGCGAUGAAGCGGGUGGAGGUGGGUAAAAGUGUGUUCACCAGCAAGGCGUUCGCCUGUCUGGGGAACCGUCAGGCCAGCGCGGUGGAGUAUCUCCCUGUCCUGCGCACCAUCUGCCGGGCCGAGAAACAGAAGGAACAGGGCAAGCUGAAGCGCAGGUUCCUGCACUAUUUGGAUGGAAUUCAUCUGGAGAUUCCCAAAGGAACGCUGGAAAGGCUCGCAGCAGAUUUCCCAUAAAAACCUUUGCAACUUUCCUACCGUGAAAUCCUGCAUGUUCUCAAGACGGACUGUAUUAUCGGCAGGAGAAGGAGGGUCUUUAUCUUCCUCGCUCCUGAUUCACAUGGCACAAGUGUACUUAAUUGUCCAGUGUAGCGUGGGUGUAAAUGUGUAAAUGUAAAUGGCAACGUUUUUGUACAGUAAGUGAAAUUUAGUAAGGUGAAUGUACCUUUUUUAAUUUAAUUAUCGUGUGACACAUCCUUGUAUCCACUGCCCAUUAUUCAUGCUGGGGGUGUGUAGAGAAAGAACGAGGGAUUUAUUCAGUGAAUCAGGUUUGAAUUGCAAAGUGGUUUCUAUCGAUUUCCUCUCUUUCCCCAAUUCUUUUCCAGUUUCAAAUCGUCCCAAGUGUUGCAGAUUAACUGUCUGCUGGCUGUGACCUGGGUGAAGGGUCUUCGUGUUAGCAUAGCUGCCUGGAGCCAUGUAUGUGUGUGGGGAGGGGGGUGUGUGGUCAGUCAUCAGUCUUGCUGGUCAUGAAUAGUUGUGACACAUCUUUCUAUUUACAAACAAAAAAAAUUCAAAAAAAGUUGUAAUUUUAUAUUCAUAAAGAAUUCAAAGCCAGCGUGUAUGUGAUUGUAUUCUCUCUGUCAUCAUAUAAAUCGAUGAAAUAAACCACAACUAAUGAUGCUG